UGGGGCGAGUGACGAAAUCUAUACCAAGUGGAACGAACAGCACGAUCGCUAGUCAGUCAUUCAGUAUCAAGUGACCGCACGCCGCGAAAGUGUGCACCCAACACGCGAACGUUCCAGUUUCGAAUUUCAAAUUUAAAAAGUAUUAUUAGUGUUUAUUUUUUAAAACAAAUAUAAGGCAAAAUGGCAUGUCCCAUGAGGUCUUUGGAGGACAUAGGCCAGGAUGGCAAUCAUCUUGGCAAUGAGGCUGGCAUGCUGUACGGGGAAUAUCUGAUGCUGGAUAAACUCCUCAGUGCGCAGAGAAUGCUCAGCGCUGAAUCUUCUACACCUGUGCACGAUGAACAUCUUUUUAUAGUAACACAUCAAGCAUACGAACUAUGGUUCAAGCAGAUCAUCUACGAAGUAGAUUCUGUGAGAUCUCUCCUCGACGUAGAAGGUCUGGACGAGAGUCACACUAUGGAGAUCCUGAAGAGGCUGAACAGAGUCGUACUGAUUCUCAAGUUGCUAGUGGACCAGGUGAUGAUCUUAGAGACGAUGACCCCACUUGACUUCAUGGACUUUAGAAACUACCUGCGGCCAGCUUCAGGCUUUCAAAGUUUACAGUUUCGUCUACUUGAAAACAAGUUAGGUCUGAAACAAGCGCUGCGUGUGAAGUACAAUCAGAACUAUCAGACCGUGUUCGGAGACGAUCCUGAAGCCAUGGAAGCGUUACACAAAUCAGAACAAGAGCCUGCCCUGCUUGCUCUGAUAGAACGAUGGCUGGAGCGCACUCCGGGGUUACAGGCACACGGCUUCAACUUCUGGGGAAAAUUCCAGACGGCAGUGAACAGAACCAUUACAGAAGAUAUUGAAGUAGCCAUGCGUGAAACAAACGAAAAUGUUCGCCGUCACCGACUCCAAGACGCGGAGAAUAAACGCGAGAUCUACCGCUCCAUUUUUGACCCAGCAGUCCACGAUGCACUCCGGUCCAGAGGAGAGAGGAGGUUAUCGCACAAGGCCCUUCAGGGCGCUAUCAUGAUCACCAUCUACAGAGAUGAACCCCGUUUCUCCCAACCUCACCAGCUGCUCACACUGCUGAUGGAUAUGGACAGUCUUAUCACCAAGUGGCGAUACAACCACGUCAUAAUGGUGCAGCGCAUGAUCGGGUCCCAACAACUCGGUACGGGCGGCUCCUCCGGUUACCAGUACCUUCGCUCUACACUCAGUGACCGUUACAAAGUUUUCCUGGAUCUCUUCAACUUGUCCACAUUCCUGUUGCCGCGGUCUCUUAUCCCUCCGCUAGAUGACAGCAUGAAGAAGAGCCUAAAUCUGAUGUGGGGAGGCAAUGUUUGGGAGAACGGCCAAAGUGGAGAGAACAUCCAAAACGGGCAGAAUAACACCCAAAAUGGACAGAACAAUGGACAAAAUGACCAGAACAACGACCAAAAGAAUGGUUUAAAUAAGUUAUAGAGGUGGCAUACAAAUAAAGAACGUGUUCAGAAUAAUUUUAUUUUGAUUUAAUUCAAGAGACAUUUAUGUAAUUAUCGUAAAUUUCUAAAUGAUUUGUCUAUAUCUAAUAUUGUAUUAUAGACAACGCGGUUUUUGCUGCGAAAACAUGUCACGUACUGACAGAUGUAUUCGCAGCAAAACCGCGCUCUUUUUUUAAUUUAUUACGUUUUAUGGCUAUAGAUUCACCUCCUACCUGACGGUGUUGCAACAAGGUAAUAUAGUAAUAAAUAUUGUGUAAUAAUCCAACGGAUAAUAUUUUUAUAUACACUAUAUAAGAUGUGAAACUAAAUAAGCAACUACUAUGAAUUUAGGCUCAGUAAUUUGGUGCAAAAUAAACAUUUCGAAAAAAAAUUCUUAUUAUUCGAAAUGAACCACAGGGUGUAAUUUUUACUGAUUAUUAAAGACAAAUAGGACAGAUUUCAUGUUAUAAUUUUGGCGAUAGAAAUACCCUAAAAUCACACUAAAACCUACGUAUGUUAAUUUUUACAAAUGGUUGAAUCUUUGCAAUUUUAUAUAUUUGUUUUCUAAUUGCAAACUAGGAUUUAAAAUUGAGUUAAUCGACAUACCUACUUGUUUAUGAAUUUUUCUUAUAUUUAAUAAAUUGUUAGAUAUUAUUCUCUUAUAAUUAAUUGAAAUGACUAUGAAUCGACAAACGUUCUAUAAGAGAAUACAUUCUAUUAUUCAUGAUUGCCUGUUACUUGAAUUUUGGUGGAAUUCGAUUUUCUUUGUCUAUUCCAUAUUCGGAGUACCGUAAAGAUACUGAGAAGAAUAAUAACAUAGAAGUGAAGAUUAUA